UUGCUUAUGCUUGAAGUAGGAAAAAUCCUUUCUUAUUACAAAAUAAAAUGGCGGGAACAUCUCUUAACUCUAACAAGCCUCCGACCACCGAAACGAUUAAAUUCCUGUGUAGUUACGGCGGCCGGAUUCUUCCGCGGUAUCCCGACGGCAAGCUGCGGUACUACGGUGGCCACACACGCGUCGUAGCCGUUAAUCGGUCCCUAUCUUAUUCCGAAUUGAUGGUGAAACUCGGUGAAUUAUGCGGGAAGACGGUGAGUUUAAGGUGUCAAUUACCGACGGAGGAUUUAGACGCGCUUGUUUGCAUAAAAUCGGAUGAAGAUCUAGCGAAUCUCGUUGAGGAAUAUGAUCGAGCACCUUGUAUGCACCCAACUUCAUUUAAAAUCCGAGCGUUUUUAUCAACUCCGAAGAAAUGUUCUCCGCCUACAACUCCAACUAUAUCCACAGCCUCUGUGUCCGCUGGUUCUGGAUCCGGAUCUGGAUCCGGAUCCAGCUCCUCAACGGGUACACAAGCGGCGUCACCACCAAAAUCUCCAUCGUUUACAGCUCCUUACUCAGUCAUGAGACAUCCGGUAGCAAUCAUGAAUCCUUGCAUUUACGCAUCGCCUGUAAAACUGCCGUUUUGUUACAACAAAUCCGCGAGAAAGCUUCCUUGUCAUCGCUACCUGAAUUCGAACCGCUUUUGCGUUGUUAGUAAUGGAAACCAUUGGCAAUAACAGUUUUAUUAUAUCUCUC